AUGACACUCAAUUACGUCGGGACUUGCCUCGCUUUCUCAGCCGCUCCUACAUCAAGCAGCUGUGUGGUGAUCUCAUGCAAACAAGUAGCUGAUGUUGUGAUCGAUACUUGGCGGCCUGGUGAAUCCGCAUGGACCACCCAUCGCUUUAAGAAAUGCGAACCUUCAUGGCUCUGGGGGCCUGGUGAACCCGCAGGAGCCACCCACUUUAAGAACUGUGAACCUUCAUGCCACCGUUACUGGACCAAAUGUGUCUUCUCGAAUGGUGUCUUCUACUGUCUCAGUACCUGCGGCCACCUCGGGGUUUUCGACCCGCGUGAAGCAACGUGGAACCUUCUUCCGGUGAAACAAUGUCGGGCCUUUCUCCCGGACUAUUUCUGUUUCGUUACGCCAGUGCAUUUGACGGAGCAUGAAGGAGACAUCUUUGCUAUCUAUACACACCAAGACAACAGCAACCCGACGGUGUUUAAGCUAAACAUGGAACAGAAUGUAUGGGACGAGAAGAGAGAUCUUGGAGGCUUGACAGUGUUUACAAGUGCCUCUGCCUCUUUUAUAAGAUCUGGUCUCUCGCCAGAGGUGAGGAACAGAGUAUAUCCAUCGUUAGCUGAUACUAAUGGAAAGUACUACUCCCUCGGUGAUGGGAGGAGCUCGAAUCCCCCUCCGAGCCCUUCUUUGGCUCGCUGCGUCGCUUGGGUUUAG